GGACCGAGUGGGAGAGUGGGGAGGGGAGGGGUAACUGGAGUGAAGAUACCGGGGACCCUGUGUAGGCUGGUGGGUGGGUGGGUGUUGGACCUUAGUGACCGGGCAAAUGCAUUCUGAACGUUAUCUGUAUCACCAGAGACACCACAACAAAGCUCCGUCUGUCGAGGAGCUGUCAUUUGCAUAUCUCUGCUUCCAUAUGAACCUUUUGUCACAAUGUUUUGAAUUCCUCGUGCUUACGAUGUUCCGAUAACACCGGCAAGAAUUUUCCAAGUCGCCUCCCUUUUGGUUUUUGUUUCAGGUGAACGAGAAAGGGGGCAAGGCACACUCGGAGCGUAAAGUGGUUAGCGAGCACGCCCUCCGAGACUCUUGACAGAUCUCUUUUUAAAGGGACGGUGCUCUCCUCGCUCUGGUUCGCGCUAGGGAUUUUACUGCGGAACCUCCGGGCUACCUGGCGGACCUCCUAGUGUCCGGGCUCCGGUCCCCUUCCAGUGUGUCUUUUCUUCACCCCCCUCCUCCUUUUGACGGCUGUCUCCAGUUUCUCAAACCUCCCCGGGUACCAUUACAAUCGGAGACAUGAAAGAAAGCCACGAGGUUCCGCCGGGUCACCUGUGGUUCGUGUUGCUUUGAGACAGAGUAGAGGUCUUGUUAUUUUUUUUGGAGGGGAGGUGAAGGUUGAGGUGACUACUGGGGGUGUUGGUGAGGGGAAUUGAUCCGGCCCCCAUCGCCAGCACCCAGUCAGGCUGCGGUUGCUCUGUUGUGCUCGGUCUGAAGACCAGAAGCUCCAACACUGCCUGCUUGCGUUUCCCUCCGCACACCCAUGUCCUCGGAAGUCAAGUCGCGAUGGAGUGGCUCUGGUUCCCUGAAGAGCGGUUCGGCCCGCAUAUCGACCAUGCUGGAGAUGUCUGAGAACGCGGCCAGCGCGCAGUACGAGCCGGUCCCGCUGCCCUUGCAGAGAAGCAACAGUCCCGAGGGGAGUACCCACAAUAACCCGCCGAUCCAAGCCGCCGACAGCCAGCCGGAGGUGAUCAUUAACCCUGACCUUCCCCCGAAAGCUCUGUCCUUGCCUGCACACAUGUCCUCUUACAGCGGCCGCAAACCCCUCUUUUCCAAAGUCAACAUUCAGGGGAGAACUUACAACUUCUUAGAACGUCCAACCGGCUGGAAAUGUUUUAUCUACCACUUCACAGUAUUUCUUAUCGUUCUGGUUUGUCUCAUCUUCAGCGUCAUGUCGACAAUUGAGCAGUACCAUUACUUUGCCAAUAGAGCUCUUGUUUGGAUGGAGAUUGUAUUAGUGGUAUUUUUUGGAACGGAAUACAUCGUCCGACUGUGGUCAGCAGGCUGUCGCAGCAAAUACGUUGGAUUUUGGGGAAGGCUGCGCUUUGCCAGGAAACCAAUCUCAAUCAUCGAUCUCAUAGUAGUGGUGGCUUCAGUUAUAGUCCUCUGUGUGGGAUCAAAUGGACAAGUCUUUGCAACAUCAGCCAUCAGGGGCAUUCGUUUCCUGCAAAUCCUUCGAAUGCUACAUGUCGAUCGACAGGGAGGCACCUGGAGACUUUUGGGAUCGGUUGUCUUUAUCCAUCGACAGGAGCUGAUUACAACUCUUUACAUCGGGUUCCUGGGCCUGAUCUUUUCUUCCUACUUUGUGUAUCUGGCUGAAAAAGAUGCUGUGGAUGACAGUGGCUCCCAACAGUUUGGUAGCUAUGCAGACGCCCUAUGGUGGGGUGUGGUGACAGUCACAACAAUCGGAUAUGGAGACAAGGUUCCCCAGACCUGGAUCGGCAGGACAAUUGCUUCAUGUUUCUCCGUCUUUGCAAUUUCAUUUUUUGCACUUCCAGCUGGGAUUUUGGGUUCAGGGUUUGCUCUAAAGGUUCAACAGAAACAACGCCAGAAGCAUUUUAAUCGUCAGAUUCCAGCAGCUGCUUCUCUCAUUCAGACAUCAUGGAGAUGCCAUGCAGCAGAAAACUAUGAAUCUGCAACUUGGAAAAUGUAUGUCCGACAGCCAGUCAAAGCUUAUGCUGCAUCUCCAAGUCCAAAGACAAAGAAGUUACCGGGCAAGAAAAAGAAGCCCAAAAUUGAUAAAGAUAAUGGACUGAACUCUGAGAAGGCACUAAAUGUGCCUAACAUCACAUAUGACCAUGUCGCUGACAAGGAUGACCGAAAAUCUGAAAACUCAAACAUCGAUGGAUGUGAUUCAUCAGGAAAAGCAAGGAUGUUGAAAACAACUGUUCGCCAGCAUUCUUGGGCUUCCUUUACUCCAACCUAUUCCUUCAGCUUUCCUUCUCCUCAAGUGAAGAAAUCCCUGGGAAUGCUUGAUGUGAACAGUGGAACCUUGUCGAGAGCAAACAGCUAUGCAGAUGAUCUUGACCUUAUCGAGGGAGAGCCAGUACUGGCUCCCAUCACACACGUUUCUCAGUUGAGGGAGUCCCACAGGGUUACCAUCAAGGUAAUUCGCAGGAUGCAGUAUUUCGUAGCAAAGAAGAAAUUUCAGCAAGCCAGGAAGCCUUACGAUGUUAGAGAUGUGAUCGAGCAGUAUUCUCAGGGUCAUCUCAACUUGAUGGUGCGAAUCAAGGAAUUGCAAAGAAGACUAGACCAGUCCUUAGGAAAACCAACCAUGUUCCUCUCUGUCUCAGAAAAAAGCCAGGACAGGGGAAAGAACACAAUCGGGGCAAGACUUAAUAGAGUAGAGGAGAAGGUCGUGGACAUGGAUCAGAAGUUAAAUACCAUUACGGGUAUGUUGCAGCUUUUGGUUGCCAACCAGCAAGAACAGUCCCGCCCUCAGGCUGACCCUCAGGCAGAGAGAUCCACGAUACAAGCUGUUGCAUCAACUCACAUUUCCUUGCCCAGCUACGAGCAGUUGACCGUGCAUAGGAAAGACCAAGACAACGUGGCCUGAUCUCUGAUCCUCUACUUUCUGAAAUUUAGUAGCGUUGAAGAGAUUGGAAGAGACCUGUUCAAUAUUGUAAGAUAGCCCUCAAGGUCGCACGCACAACUGGCACAAACCACAGGAAGGGCUGAACAUUUACUGAAGAAGUCUGUGAAACUUGAAAGCACCCACCAUUAGACUGUGUAUGUUUUCACAGCCCAGGCAUCCCUUCCCAUUCCGGUUUGCGGAUCUCACCAGUUUUGCAAAGGAAGAGUACGUCAUACCACUCUGCCAAGCUUCAGAAAUCUCCUGACUACAUUUCAACUCUCCUUUGGCUGUUUUCGUUCAGGCAAAUGUGACGAUUGUGCUUGGACUGCCUGAAAGAUAAGAGGAAAAGACCAACUAGCACACAGCGUUAACACAAAUUGUAAUCCUUUUUAGAGUAGACAUGAUGUUUUAAAUUGCAAAAAUCACUAUGGUGUAUGAUUGAGAAGCAUUUGAAGCUCAAAGUCAGUGUAUUGCACGCACUCUUCUCCCACCUUCUCAGUGGCAGCCUAAGAUGUAUUUAACUAUAAACAAAGAGACCCCUCCAGUCUCUCUUUCACAUCUGAUCUGGGCAGCAUACUAAGCAUAAGGGUGACAUCCAGGAAAAAUCAAUCUGGGGUCAGUUGCCCACGGCACAAUGGGUCAGUGUCCACCAACUAGUUCCCAAAGUCUUUUAUCCCAGUUUGUUCCAGGAUUAGUAUUUUCUUCAGGACUGGAAUGUGCAUACUUCCUCAUUAGCUGAAGUCCUCCACACUUGGGUUCACUCAAAUUACUACACUUGGGUUUUCCUUCCCCAUUUUAUUUUUGAAUGCCUUCAGGCGAGUGGGGCUGAUACAGCCUCAGCUACACUUCUCCUUUUAACUGGAACAAUGGGGAUGGCCAUGACUUCCCCUGUCACUGUCAGUAUGACUUGGUGAUUGACAAGUGAGCUCGGGGCAGCCACUGACUUGUUUGUUUUACCCUAACUUCCCCUUUCCAAUGAUUCUCAGAAGUUGGCAGGCCAACAUACUACUGCAAACAAUGUUUGACUUCCCUCUACAAAUGAAGCAAAGUGUGGCUAGGGGUUUAACUGACGUCCCUUUGCAGGAUUUAAAAGAAAAUUGCUUGGGAAAUUUUGACUGUGGCAAUAGUGUGAAGCCGCAAGAGUGUAGGAUUUUACAUCCCAAUUUUUUACGGAGCUCUUGGGAGAACAACUGGGAAUGAUUCAUUGGUUUAUCAGCUGAUUAAAUUUCCCCAGUCCCUCCCAACUUUCAGUCAACAUUCCUUUCCACAACUAGCGCGUGCGGUUUUAAUGUGCGUCAGUCAUUAGGCAAUUCGAUGGAAUGGAGGCAAGGACCAGAAGAAACAUUCAGCUGAGCUUCAAACCUCAGGGAUCGAUUUCACCUUCUUCACUUUAAGUGAAAAGCAGGCAGAAGCAUUCUCCAUAAUCUCUGCCAGCUCACUGCCAGGGGAGGGGAUGUGAGAAAGUUCCAACAUAGAUGGAGUUGGCAAUUUCGACACACCAAUCCAGUCAACGUGUUGAAAUUUCAAAUCACCUUCCCGGUUUACUGGCUGUCCAAAUGAGUGACUUGUAUCGCUGACCAACAUCUGAGCUAAGGCAAAGGCCCACAGAUUUAUUCAUCAAAAGGCAAUCACUAAUCUGUCGGGUGCUGACCCCAGUCAUUCCAGUCAGGAUCUCAAGUGGUGGGGGCAAUGGGAGGAGGAGAGGCGUGAGAUGUGAAAUGGAAGUGACCUGCUAUAAAUCCUAAACUUGAAAUAAAUAAAAACAGAAAAUGCUAGAAAUACUCAGCAAAGCUGGCACCAUCGGUAGAGAGAGAGAGAGACACAAAGUUUUUCUGCCAGCAAAACAAUGACUCUCUGUCCCUUUUGUGUCCGUGGCAAGAAAGAUUGAGCAGGAUGUGUAAUGGAUGACCACUUUGCUGCUCCCCAUUUUGUGCCUCCUUCCCCACUGAAGUUUAUCCUAAUGGUCAUAUGGUAUUGGAUCAGACAACGCAGGAAGAUAUAAAACUUGGUCAGUAAAAACACAAAAGCACUCCAAAUGCUGUAAAAAAAUAGAAUUUGCUGGAAAAGCUCAGCAGGUCUGGCAGCAUCAGUUCCGAGGAAGGGUCAUUCGCCCUAAAGCU